UCAGCUCUUCAGAUGCUUCCAGUAUCAGGAGGACAUGGGGCCCAGGGCAUCGCUGAGCCGGCUCCGGGAGCUCUGCAGCCACUGGCUGCAGCCGACACUGCACAGCAAGAAGCAGAUCCUGGAGCUGCUGGUGCUGGAGCAAUUCUUAAGCGUGCUGCCCCCACACCUCCUGGCCCGGCUACAGGGCCAGCAGCUCAGGGAUGGUGAGGAGGUGGUGCUGCUGCUGGAGGGUGUCCAGAGGGAGUCUAUCGACGUAGGGCCACUGCCGCCCAGGGCCCUGAGCUGUGGCCUGAGGAGAACUCCCAUGAUCAGGAGCUGGCAGCUGUUCUGGAGUCCUUGACCUUUGAAGAUGUCCCAGUGAAGAAGGCAUGGCCUGUGUACCCUCUGGGAUCUGGAAGCAGAAUCCCAGAUGAGGAGUUUAAGGAAGAGCCCAAAGGGGUUGACUGGCCUGCAACCAUUUCGGCAGAGUUUCAGGAAGAUAGUCCAGCGGUGGCAGAAGAGACCCAUGAGCAAUCACUUGGGCAGGGCCCUGGGAUGAGCAGCUCUCGUGGAGGAGAGUCCCCAGACAGCAAGAGUGACGUUCUAGAGGACAAAGUGGCCGGAGGGGCCCCCAGGUUGAAGCCAGUGAUGAAGUUCAUCUGCACAGAAUGUGGGGUGAGUUUCACGAAAUUGGCCCGCCUGGAAGGGCACCAGCUGCGAUCUCACCCUGGCAAGCGGUCCUUCCCGUGCCUGUGCUGCGGGAAGACCUUUGGCCGCAACUCCAUCCUCAAGCUGCACAUGCGCACACACACUGAUGAACGGCCACAUGCCUGCCAUCUCUGCAGUCACCGCUUCCGCCAGAGCUCACACCUGAAUAAGCAUCUGCAGACACACUCCGAGCCCGCCUUCUUGUGCGCCGAAUGUGGCCAGGGUUUCCAGAGCCGGACCAGCCUCCUGCAGCACCUGCUGGCUCACGCCCGGGACCAAAAGACCCCCAGUGCCCCGGGGACCAAGACCGAAACGCCAGAGCUGACCAUCGUCCUGUGCUCAUAUUGCGGCCAAACCUUCCAGCGCCGCUCCAGCCUCAAGCGUCAUCUGCGGAUUCACGGCAAAGAUAAGAGCCAUCAGGGCUCCGAGAGCUCAGACAGCCUGCGACCAGGCCCUGAGCGCAGGCCCUACGUGUGCAGCGACUGCGGCAAGGCUUUCCGGCGCAGUGAGCACCUGGGGGCCCACCUGCGAGUGCACACAGGUGAGCGGCCCUUCUCCUGCCAGGUCUGUGGCCGCAGCUUCAGCCAGAGCUCCCAGCUGGUCUGCCACCAGCGAGUGCACACAGGCGAGAAGCCCUAUGGCUGCCCGCAGUGUGGGAAGCGCUUUGUGCGGAGGGCUAGCCUUGCCCGCCACCUCCUGACCCAUGGUGGCCCGAGGCCCUACCGUUGCACCCAGUGUGGCAAGAGCUUCAGCCAGACGCGGGACCUCGCCCGCCACCGGCGCAGCCACACUGGCGAGAAGCCCUGCCGCUGCAGCGAGUGCGGCGAGGGCUUCAGCCAGAGCGCCCACCUGGCACGCCACCAGCGCAUCCACACUGGAGAGAAGCCCCACGCCUGUGACACCUGCGGCCACCGCUUCCGCAACAGCUCCAACCUGGCCCGCCACCGCCGCAGCCACACUGGUGAGCGGCCCUAUAGCUGCCAGACAUGCGGCCGGAGCUUCCGGCGCAAUGCCCACCUACAGCGGCACCUGGCCACCCAUGCAGGGUCAGGGGACGUGGUGGCAUCUGGGCAGGUCGAGCCCCCCCAAGAGUGCCUGGAGUGCGGCAAAAUCUUCAGCCGCAGCUGCAACCUGCUGCGUCACAUGCUGGUGCACACCGGGGCCAGGCCUUAUUCCUGCACACAGUGUGGCCGCAGCUUCAGCCGCAACUCCCACCUGCUGCGCCACCUGAGAACCCAUUCUCGGGAGACCCUGUACUAG